UUUGUUUCUCUGUAGCUAAAAGCAAUUAUCAUUUUAGUAGGUCUACCCAUGCAUAGUAUUAUGCUAGCCUUUGUUCAUCAUCAUUGAACGUUAGCUAACAUUAGUAGCCACAAGGCUUGAUUGAGCCGUUUACUAUGAGCAGACAAUUUUACGUUCCUACAUCUGACGUCAGUUCUGUUUCAUUGUAAAUGCUUGUGGACAUCAUGGCGGACAUUUGUUGUUAUGACUUACGAAGUUUUUGAGUUGUGUUCCGACGUUUAGCGCAAUUACUGCAUGGGACUCGGCUGCGAUAUCUAAGAAAUCUUCCAACAAUGUCUAAAAUAGAGCGCUUGAAUGCCCGAGUGGCAAAGCUCUUAACAGUGGCUGUGCAUGAGGUAUUGGAAGUGGUGAGAGAGACGGUGUCGGAGUACCAGGAGAAAACUGCUCGAACACAAAGGGAGAACGAGAGUCUCAGGCGGAGGCUGCAGGAACUGCAAGACAAGACGAAGAGAGCGAAUAUAGGUGCCUCUCUCCCUGUUAUUAGAGGAAGGUCUCUCAUAGAGCGGCAGCACUGUGAACAGGAGUGGAGCUCCAGUCUCAGGCAGGACACAGAGCUCACACUCACUGAAGAGAAAGAGGAGAUCACAGAGGAGCACAGAAUCAGACAGAGAGAAGAGGAGGGCAGUGGACUGGAGUCUGAUCACAUAGUAGAGUCGGAGACUGAGUGUGAUGGACUGGAAUUGAACACAUCAGAAUCGGAAGUUAUUACUCAAAUUCCAGAGUCAGCGUCAGCAUUUACACUUCAGCAUGUUAAAUAUGACACCGAUCUUGAAACGGCAAACAUUUCAAAGCUGCUGUCUCCAAACAUUUCCAGUCUGAACAUUCAACCCUGUCUGGCUUCUGCUGAAAUAAAAACUGAGGCAGAAUCACGAGAAUAUGUCGCAGCCUGUCAACGCAGUAUACAAAACCCGUUUUAUGGUUGUGACUCAAGUUGUAGCACAGCCCAGGCUGAACCCCGUCCAGCAUCUCAAGAAGAUGACUCAAGUUCUUAUGGACUGGUGUACAUUGAGUCAGAUAUAGUUCCUUUUGAGAAGAAUAUGAGAACUGCAUUGGACAGUAAAAAAAACAAGCAACAUCACCGUAAUGACGAGCAAUACUACUGCAUCCUGUGUGGAAAGACAUUUGGUCGUGUUGGAAAUCUUAGGAUACAUCAGCGAUGUCACACAGGUGAAAAACCGUUCUGUUGCAUGCAGUGUGGUCGACGGUUCAGUCAUGCAGGUGACUUUAAAAAACACAAGAGGGUUCAUACAGGAGAGAAACCGUACUGUUGUGCUGUAUGUGGAAAGGGUUUCAGUCAGUCAGGAUAUCUGAAAAUACAUCAGCGAUACCACACAGGGGAGAGACCAUACUGCUGUCAUCAGUGUGGGAAAAGCUUCAGUCAGUCAAGUCACCUCAAAAAACACCAGAAAAUUCACAUUGGUCAUAUAUCCUAGUUUAAAAAAUAUAUAUAUAUUUUUAAGAGACUAAAAUGCAUGAAUCAAUUCGUUUAUAUACAUUUUUUCCAUAAUGCUUUGACAUUUUCAAAUGUAUGCACAUUAACACACACACAGUUGAAAAACAUGAUUGAUCAUUUUAAUUGCUGAAAUAAAAUUAAAGCUGCGUAGCCAGUGAUAUAUGUUCAUUGUGAAAAAUGCAAAAAUCACACAAGUAAGGAACUUGCCUUACUGCGCAAAAAAUUUAAUCUAAAUCUUACCGUAUUGUAAUGGGAAAAAAUAGUUGUUCGAAAAAAAGCCAGAUUGCUGAAUAGACUAUGCUAUGUUGGAAAAAUUUCAGAAGUGACUGAUUGUAAAGACAAGUCCGAGAGAAGGGUUUACUAAUUCGACAUAUGAAGCUCAAAAAUAAGCUGUUUAUUUAUUUUUUGUUAAACAUUUACUUUUUCUUCUGCACAACUUAUAGAUCGCUUGAGUAGCCUAGAUGCAUAUCAAGGCAACAUAUGUGACUGGUGUAACACCAUCAUAUAAUUCAUGUGUAGUGGUGUGUUUAAUGUAGGCUACAAACUCAUCGUGGCAGCAUAAUUUCGAACUAUUCUAGCUUUGUAAGCUAUAGCUUACAGACUGCGAGCCUACGUUGAGGCACGGCUAUUUUUAUCGUUUCCUUUGGUCUAGCUUGCUUUAGUUUUUUCUUGCCACCAGGCAUGAAAUAUGUGUAUAGAACUCUGAAGUUAAGACAUAACUUAACGUAUCCACCUGUCCAGGCUAUGACAUUUUAUCUAAUUUAGAAUUUUCCAUUUGGUAGGAAGAGCAUUUACGAGUGAUCCUGACCUGUCAUACGAGUCAUGUAAACAAGAACUAGUCUACCCAAUCAGUUAUCAAUUGUCCCUUGUUCUUGUUAAUCCCAUUGGCUAUCUACCUGACAGAACCCAGCUGCACCACCGUAUAUAAUGUAUUAUAACAAACAUAUUAAUUUAGGGCAGUUGUCUGUGUUUGUUCAAUCCAAUGUGGCACAUUGUAUGAGCCCUUCGUUGGAAAAAAAGUAAGAAAUGUGUAAGAAUAUGAAAAUGUUCUUGCCUGAAGCCCAUUGUCUACCUAUCUUUUUUCUUUCUUACAAAAUACCAAAAAGCUCUGCCAUACAAAUAUUUAUUUCAUAUUCAGCCUUGGAUGUGUCCUCCCAAUGUUUCAGUUGUGUAUGAAAAAAAUUGACCUUAAAGUUAUGAAGAAAUAAUAAAAAGCUAAAUUAAAAUUCCUCAUUCUUCUUUUGAGAAUGUUGAGUUGAUUAAAA